AUGGCCAUCUUCUCGCACAAUCGGCAUCAUUGGGCUUACGUGUGGAUUCCCGCCGUUGGUUCAAUCGUUUGGUGUGGAACGUUGCUUGCAAUGAUAGUCACAUGGGCUGCUCAAGGCAAACCCAUUUAUGUCUCGGAGGACGGCACAAUACCGUACAUCUCAGAUAUCGGCGCAGACAUCCUCAAGCCGUUGUUCAUCGUCGGGUGCUCAUUCAACGGGGUGUCUCUUGUCCUAGCCCUUACAAUUGAACGUAUCCUUAGGCAUCGUGGACGAUUGGUACCCUCCAUGCGCAAACGUGAAGCAGCAUUCUCCUACCUCGCCAUACUCGGCAGCAUUAUCGGCGGAGCAGGUGUCAUUCUCCUUUCUAUAUUUGAUACCAAGAGACACCCUUCCCUUCACCGAGGUUUCCUGCUUAUGUUCCUCGUCGGCGUCGUCAUCAGCGCUUUCUUCACGAUCGGCGAGUAUAUGUGGCUCAGCAAGGACUACCCAAUGUAUGACAACCUCAAGAAGGCAUACAUAGCGAAAGCUAUCAUCACCACAAUUCUCGUAGUUUGCGCUAUCGUGUUCGGUAUCACGCUUUACACGGACGGGAACGUCGGAGGCAUCUUCGAGUGGAUAAUCGCUUUUGGCUACACGUUCUAUCUCCUCUCUUUCGCGUACGAUCUCCGCCUGUCAAAGGGCGCACAUAGAGGACAGUUCUCACACGAGCAGCUCAUGUUGGAGAGGGAGAGGCAUCAAAUGGCGCAGGUCUAA